AUGCCACCCAAGGGAGCCCGCAAGACAGCACCAGGCAGUGCACAAAAAGGCAAAGCGCGCAAAACAGCCGCUGCGCCCGCCGCUGCUCCCGCAGAUGGAGAUGGCACACCAACGAAAGCACGCAAAACAAAUGCAGGAAACAAAGUUGCAAAGACCACCGCCAACGUCCAACCCGGAGACCCAACCCCCACAGGCCAUCGCCGCCGCUACAAGCCCGGCACCGUCGCUUUAAAAGAAAUUCGCCGCUACCAACGCUCUUAUGACCUUCUCAUCGCUAAAUUGCCCUUUGCGCGCUUAGUCCGCGAAGUCGCGCUCGAUCUCCUCCCCGCCGACGUCGGCGCCGAGCUGCGCUGGCAGUCGUUCGCUAUCCAAGCUCUGCAAGAGGCCGCUGAAGCUUUCCUUGUUCAUCUCUUCGAGGAUACGAAUUUGUGCGCACUGCAUGCGAAACGCGUUACGAUUAUGCAGAAGGAUAUCCAGCUUGCGCGGAGAAUUCGCGGAGUCUGGGCUGGGCUGGGCUGA